GGGAAGGGGGCGAAUAAAACCAGAUAAAACGAGGUUUUACUGGUGGUUCAUUUCAAAUUUUUGCCUUUUUUGCAAAAAGGGGCAAAAAAACCCCUGUUUCGCGGUGCCCUUUUGCCAGUGUUUUGCAGAACUUCUUUCAGUGGCAGUGGAGACGAAAAAUCGUUCUUUGCGUUACAAGGAAGGAGGAAGUCAAAUGUAUCAAGUGACUCAAAAGCGGUCAGGAACCAAAUCAAAAAGUCGACAGAACAUAUAAGGAAGUGCCAAUCCAGCAUUCAACAUUGUGCGAUUUGCUUGAAUGAUGUAAAUCGUAUCAUGGAUCGAAGAGAGCAGACUCUUGCUAAAGGAUAUCUGGUGAAAUCGCCGGUGAAGAAGGGAGGUCGAGACAAGUCUAGCUUCUCUAAAUUCUGGAAUCUCCGAUGGUGUGUCUUAGUCCAGGUGUUGUAUAUCGAUAUAAAUGAUUUUGUUGAAGAUGCCAAACUUGUAGUGAAUUAUUACAAAGACGAAGAAAGCUACAAGAAAGACGACCAUUUCAAAGGCCAACUGAACAUCUCUCAGUGCAAAAGCAUUAAGAGUUGCUUCAACCCUCACGCCGGAUUUGACCACACCUUUACACUUGAGUUUGACGAUGGAAAACAAGUGUGGUUCUCUGCACCGACUUGCGAGCAGAAGUUCAGGUGGAUCCUCUUGCUCUACAAAUACCGUUUCAACCCAAACAUAGAGAGUUUGGUCAAGAAGUUUGGAAUACCAGGAUUUUUGCAUAGAUCAAAUUCACAGAAAGGUAUUCUCGAGAAUGAUGAUGCGAUUACUCAAAAUGCCACAGAAAAGCCAGUGAUGAGAAUAGGGUCUUUGAAGUCAAGGACUGACUCUUUAAAAAGACAGUCACGAGAUUCAGGAAUGUUCCCUCCAAUCGAUUCCUUGUCUAUUGAUAGCCAUUCCGACGAUGCACCCCCUCUGCCACCUCGCCUGUAUUCAAACGUAAGUCUGUUUGGAAACGAGAAUGACCCGAACACGAGUCCAGUUUCAGAAGACGGAAAUUUUGAUAUGGGAGUUUUGCAGAUCUUCAACGAUCUGUUCACACUCUGCAGUGUUUGUCAGACAACCCCAAAAAGAAGGAAUCGAAAUUCCAAGAAAUGGGAUAAAUCGCCAGGUGACAUGGAAGAAGUCAAACGCAGUGGCAGUCUUCGACGGUCUAUGGUGUUCGAUGGAGACGCCAUUUCUCAAUCUUCAUCUUCCUCUGCAUCUGAAGAUUCGAUGUCUUCCGAGCUGAACGAUCCUCGCUACUCAAAGAUCGACGAGAAAUGGAUCGAAGAUAUAAAGAAAAAGUUGGGAAAAGAAAAAGAUGAAGAACCCGACAAAAAUGAUGCAGAAACAGCAAAUGAUUCUGCGAAUGCCAGUAAUCCAGAAUACGCUAAAGUUAACCGCAGGAGAAAGAGUGGCGAUGCCUCUAGCAAGAGUGAGGAGACGACAAUCGUUGAACAAGAAAAAGACGAAGACGAAAAAGAAAAUACUAGAGAUGAGCUCAAUGAUUUACAGAAUGAAAACUGUAUCGAAGAGGACGUGUAUAUGGACAUGAACCAAUACCAACAGGAUGUCCAAGAGCAAAGCCAGGAUGACGUCAUUGAGACCCAGGCGUCUGCGAAGAAGAACGAUGAUCUAGAAAAAGUAGAGAAAGACACUUCAAAAGAUGCAGAUAAUUUGCAAAAGUAUUUCGAAAUGGACUGUUAGAACAUUCUAUUAGAUUUUGAGUCGCAUUUUAGUGCUAGUUUUUCAAGAUCACUCAUGAAAGCGAAUCAAACCCCAAAUAAAGUUUUUGCUGGCAUAAAGAAACCAUUAGUACCCCUGGAAAUUUACCUAAGUUUAAACAAAAAUGUUCGUUUGAUUGCAGCAAUAUAAGUUCUGUCUGUUCAAUGCACAGUGUUUUUAAUCAAACUGUUUUGAAAGCUAUUUGCCACGUGACCACUUGACCACGUGACCACGUGACCGCUUGACCGCUUGACCACGUGACUGCACUACCAUGUGCUCCUGAAUGCACGACCACAUGAUCAAGGUUUUUAAGGACUCGUACGAUUUUUUGUUGGCUACUUCUUAACAAGUGUACCUAUUGAAUAAACAAUUUAUCAAUUUUUUAUCAUUUUCAUGAAUUUGAAUCUUCAAUUAAUCUGAAAUAUAUUUUUUUUUGAAGUUUUCCAAUGUAAUUUUUCAAUUAAGAGAAAUUUGUUAUUUUUAUUGCUCGAUUUGUUGUGAAUUGAAAUACGUUGACGUAUAUUUAAUUGAAUUUACAUUCUCAUGAAUACAAACGGA